UCCCAAAGUUGCAAAACAUGGCUACCUUGCCUGCCGAGCCAAGCGCGGGGCCGGCGGCCGGGGGGCAGGCGGCGGCGGCCGCCACCGAAGAGGAGGAGGAGGAGGAAGCGCGCCAGCUCCUGCAGACUUUGCAGGCGGCCGAGGGGGAGGCGGCGGCGGCGGCCGGGGUCGGAGCCGGAGCCGGCGAAACCGCGGCGGGAGCGGAGGACUCGACGUCCCCAGUCGUCCCCGGAUCGCCCCCGGAGGCCGUUCCCGAAACGCCCACGGGCCUCCGUUUCUCUCCCGAGCAGGUGGCAUGCGUCUGCGAGGCGCUGCUCCAGGCGGGCCACGCCGGUCGCUUGAGCCGCUUUCUGGGCGCACUGCCCCCGGCCGAGCGCCUACGUGGCAGCGACCCGGUGCUGCGCGCUCGGGCCCUGGUGGCCUUCCAGAGGGGCGAAUACGCCGAGCUCUACCGCCUCUUGGAGAGCCGCCCCUUCCCGGCCGCCCACCACGCCUUCCUGCAGGACCUCUACCUGCGCGCGCGCUACCACGAGGCCGAGCGGGCCCGCGGCCGUGCGCUGGGCGCCGUGGACAAGUACCGGCUGCGCAAGAAGUUCCCUUUGCCCAAGACCAUCUGGGACGGCGAGGAGACGGUCUACUGCUUCAAGGAGCGCUCGCGAGCCGCUCUCAAGGCCUGCUACCGCGGCAACCGCUACCCGACCCCCGACGAGAAGCGUCGCCUGGCCACACUCACCGGCCUGUCGCUCACGCAGGUCAGCAACUGGUUUAAGAACCGGCGACAGCGCGAUCGCACCGGGACCGGAGGCAGUGCACCCUGCAAAAGUGAGUCCGAUGGGAACCCCACCACUGAGGAUGAGUCCAGCCGCAGCCCCGAGGACCUGGAGAGGAGUGUGGCCCCUGUGGCUGCCGAGGCUCCCAGCCAGGGUUCCAUCUUCCUGGCCGGGACCACCCCUCCCGCGCAGUGCCCCGCCUCCUCCUCCAUCCUGGUGAAUGGGAGCUUCCUGGCGGCCAGCAGCCCCUCUGCGGUGCUUCUCAAUGGCAGCCCAGUCAUCAUCAACAGCCUGGCCUUGGGCGAGGCCUCCAGCCUCGGGCCUCUGCUGCUUACCGGUGGAGGGGGCGCCCCUCCACCGCAGCCCAGCCCCCAGGGGGCCAGUGAAGCCAAGACUUCCCUGAUCCUGGACCCACAGACCGGGGAGGUUCGGCUGGAGGAGGCUCAUUCUGAGACCCCUGAAACCAAAGGGGCACAGGGGUCCUCUGGGUCAGCAACGGAGGAUGCCCCAGGACCCCUGCCCCAAGUAGUCCCUGGCCCCCCACCUGCCACCACUUUCUCUCUGACUCCAGGACCUGUGCCCACUGUGGCUGCCCCUCAGGUAGUGCCACUUUCUCCCCCUUCUGGGUACCCAACAGGCCUGGGUACCACCUCCCCGCUGCUCAACCUGCCCCAGGUGGUGCCCACCUCCCAGGUGGUCACUUUGCCCCAGGCUGUGGGGCCACUGCAGUUGUUGGCCGCUGGGCCAGGCAGCCCUGUGAAGGUAGCAGCUACAGCAGGCCCUGCCAACGUGCAUCUGAUAAACUCUGGUGUGGGCAUGACUGCCCUGCAGCUUCCUUCAGCCACUGCUCCAGGAAACUUCCUCCUGGCUAACCCCGUGUCCAGUAGCCCCAUCGUCACUGGUGUGGCUGUGCAGCAGGGCAAGAUCAUCCUCACUGCCACCUUUCCCACCAGCAUGUUGGUCUCUCAGGUCCUGCCACCUACCCCCACCCUGGCGCUGCCACUGAAGCAAGAGCCAGCCAUCUCAGUGCCUGAAGGAACCCUCCCUGUGGCCCCCAGCCCAGCCCUCCCAGAGGCUCAUGCCCUGGGCGCACUCUCUGCACAGCCACUGCCAACUGCUUCUGCCGUCACCUCUGCCACCAGUCUCCCCUUCUCCACGGACUCCUCUGGCCUCCUGCCCAGCUUCCCAGCACCCUUGCCCGAGGGUCUGAUGCUGUCACCUGCAGCUGUGCCCGUGUGGCCAGCUGGGCUGGAACUGAGCACGGGAGUAGAGGGGCUGCUAGACACAGAAAAGGGGUUGGGGACGCAGACCACCCAGACCGUGCUGCGGCUGCCAGACCCCGACCCCCAGGGGCUGCUCCUGGGAGCUACAGCAGGGGCUGAGGUUGAUGAAGGGCUAGAAGCUGAGGCCAAGGUCCUGACCCAGCUGCAGUCGGUGCCUGUGGAAGAGCCCUUGGAACUGUGACCACCGGGCUUCGCAACCUCUCCUGACAAUGGUGCUUAAGGUGCGCGGGCAGGAUGGGAAGAAGGGACCCUCAGGAAACUGGCUGCAUUCUGAAGGUUCCACACUACAUCCCUCCACCCUGCACCAUCUGCAAGCCCUGGAAGAGCCUGGGGGCCUUUCCCUGCUCCGGCAUGGUCCCUUUCCUGAUGGGAGGCCUCCUGUUGGGUCCUCCUUGCUCUAAGGGCAAGUCCAUGAGGCCGUUGGGGGUCCUGACGAGGCAUCUCCCCUGCUCUGCCUGGUACUGGUGUGAGUUGAAGACCCUGCCGGGGGCAUGGAUCUCCAGCCUGGCUCUCGCCCUCCUUAACACACUAUUAAUAGUCCACUGAUAUCAAGCGUUCCCAGAACUGCCUGACAUCCCAGGCGAGGACUCAUGGCUGACAGCCCCUCCCUGCUGAGGAUACAGGUAUAGGCAAGUUGGGGGGGGGAAGCAGACUCAGGCCCUAGAAUCACCUCCAGCCCCAGACCAAAGAUUCCCUCAUCCCGGGGGCAACCUGACCCGUGUCUAGUGUGUAUUGUAAAUUUUAUUUUUCUAGGACAUGUUAUCCCUUCAUUUCAAUUAAAAUAAAGUUAACAGAUAACAGCCACUGGGGGUGUUGGUUACCUCCCAAACAACUAGCCCAAA